CAAGGUCAUGGCGCCUAUUUAUUGGAGGAAAAACUUGCCGAUGUGUUCCAAUGCACCCUCGGAAACAUCGCCUCUGACCAGACUGUGGUGAUCAAAAUCACAUACGUCACUGAACUCAAACAUGAUGCUGAUUCUGAACAAAUACGAUUCGUCUUACCUACCGCUAUUGCCCCGAGAUAUGGUUCUCCAUGGGGUGACAAUACAUCCAUCCAGGAAUCAAUAUCUUAUUCGAGUUCAACCAGUUAUCAUCUUGACCUUAACGUAACAUGCAGAAUGACUUCAUCCAUUCAGGCAAUCGAGUCUCCUUCACACCAUAUUUCUACUGAAGUUAAUAUUGAUGGAGAUCCUAAAGUUGCAAAGAUUACAUUGGCCGAAGAUGUAACUUAUUUGGAAAAGGAUUUUAUAUUGGUUGUUAAAAGUUUGGAUCUUGAUGUGCCAAGGGCGUUCGUCGAAUAUAACUCUACAACAGAAACCAAUUGUGUUAUGCUUACUUUGGUUCCCAAAUUUGCGCUUAAGGAAACCUUGGUAGAAUUAAUAUUUAUUAUGGAUAGAUCAGGGUCAAUGCGAGGAGAGCCUAUUCAAAAAGCGGCACAAACUCUUCAACUAUUGCUUCGAUCUCUUCCAGAAGGCUGCUAUUUUAAUGUGGUGUCGUUUGGUUCUCAUCACGAUUCAUUGUUCCCGCAAAGUCAACUUUAUUCCGAGGUCACCCUUACUCGGGCUCUCGAUCAUGCAAAAUCCAUGGACGCCAAUUAUGGCGGCACAGAAAUAUAUGAUCCACUAAAAUGGGCGUUCGAAAAUUCUAGGUUUGACAUGCAAACAUCUGUUUUCCUUCUUACUGACGGUGAAGUUUGGAACGUUGAGACAUUGGUGGAACUUAUUCGCACCAAUGUUGAGCAAAAGAAGGAUAACCUUAGAUUGUUUUCUAUUGGAAUUGGCAAUUCUGUAUCUCAUAAUCUUGUCGAAUCUGUUGCACGCGCUGGAAAAGGUUACGCUCAGUAUGUAACCAUUAGUGAGCGCAUGGAUAAAAAAAUUAUAGGUAUGAUAAAGAAUGCCAUCAAGCCUCCGGUUAAGGAUUACAAGAUUGUCUGGACGGGGAAUGAAUCCGAAUACGAUGAUCUUGAUAAGAAGGAGGCAGAGACAAAACAAACAAUCAACAUCUUUGACAAAAAUCCUAGUCCCCCUCCACAGGAUCCCAUAGUUACAGAUUCCAAAACUAAACAAGCACUAUUUGUUAUUCCACCAAUUUAUUCUGGCGUUAGAUUUGUCGUUUAUUGCAUGCUAGCAAAGGGCGUUAGCCCAAAUAAGGAGAUCUUGUUAACCGCACAAUCUCCGGACGGACCUAUGAAACUUAACAUUCCUUUAGACCCAGUAAUGUUGCAAGGGUCAAAAAUUCAUACACUUGCCGCCAGGAAACUCAUUCGAGAUCUUGAGGACGGUGCCUCCUUUAUUCACAAGCAUCCAAAGAACAAAGGAAAGCCGAUCUCAGUUUCAGUUGUAGAAGAACAAGUAGUUUAUAUAGGAAUAACAUUUAAUUUAGCAUCGAAAUACACGAGUUUCCUUGCAAUUGAUGAAAGUGGUAAUAGGUCAGUUGGAAAGCUGUUUCAUCCUGAGAAGAGAGAAGUGCCUAUACAAGGAACAUUUUUUUCUUCCUACACGAGUUCGCCGCGAGCUGUUUCAUCCUACAUGGGUCCGCCGCUUGCUGUUUCAUCCUACGGGAGUUCGUCGCGAGUAGCUUCAAAUCAUUUCAGAAGCUUUAAUGCAAGAUCUAUGUCAUCAAGUUAUAGCCUGGUUGGUAAAAGUCCUCUCAUGGGAGUGGCAAGGUCUAGCAAGAAAUCGAAAAGUGAUCGCACGAGUUCAAAGGAAGGGGCUUCACUCGAUGGUUCGUCUUUUUCAUUUGACAUUGAACCUAACGAAGAGAAUGUUGAAGAAUCAAAAACAAAAGGUCAUGAACUCAAGCUCAACUUUAAAGGAUCCAAAAUCGAAGUAUUGUACGAGUUUCUUAAAUUUCAGUCCUUUAACGGGGAAUUCAAUAGUGCAAGUUUUUAUCCGUGCUUUGAUAAGAAGGAAGCUAAAGACUUUAAAGAGAUUGGCAUUGAUAACGAAAAAAUUCUGUGCACUGCAUUAGCAAUCGAAUAUUUGGAGGUUGUGAUGUUUGGGCAAUUUAAGGAUGAGUGUGAGAUGUGUUGGGAAAAAGCUAAUAAAGCACUGAGGAAAUUAGUUACUGAAAAAGAGUUUGACGAUGUUUUGAAAAAAGCCAGAGAUUUGAUUUUAAAGUGGGUAGAAACAAAUUAG